AUGACCUCUCUCUUCCUUCGACGACCUAUUUCCGCUUUCGACAAACUGUCUCCUCCAUCGACGACUUGUUUUCGCCUUCGACGAACUGUCUCCUCCAUCAACGAUCCUCCUCCCUCCUUUGAUGAAUGUCUUUUGGCUUCCCCCCCCUAUUAUGAUGAAUGGUCUUGGCCUUCCCCCUACAGUCUCAUCCCUCCUUCGACAAAUGAUCCCCUCUCAAGAAUGACCUCUUCUUUUCAUACGAAGAUGCAGCUUAAUUAG